GUUUCAGAAAAGUAAGGAUUAAAUUCCUCCAGACUUCUGUGUUUAAGGUUUACGUCAAAGGAUUGCCCUUUUGCAGUUGACAGGCUUCAAGCACUCACAGUUACCUGCAAAUGUCUCCAAACCUUCACUGAAAAAGGAACAUCACUUGUCUCAAAUUCAACUGACUUCCCCAUUGCACAGAGUUUCAAAUGACAUACCUGAUCCUUCAAAGAACCAUGAUGUUACGGUACAGGACAUGGCCCCAAACACUGGCUCCUGGAAUUCAGCAAUGAUUCCACAUAGACCUGCUCUUGUUCAAGUAAUGGUAAUCGCAUGCAUAGCUUUGACCGUUGCCCUGAUAUGUGGUAUCACAUUUUCAUAUAUUAUAUAUCGGCUGGUACAAUCUGAGGAAAGACAAAAACUCAUACUGCUCUAUAAAAAUGUCAGGAUACCUCCAUUAGGGGAGGAAGAGGAAUCUGAGGAAGAGAGCCAGGGGGAGUCAAAUUACCUACUUCCAGAAAAUGAGAAGGAGCUGGAAAAGUUCAUUCAUUCAGUUAUUAGAUCAAAAAGAAGAAAGCACAAGGAAAAAAAAGGAUUAGAGGAAGAGAAAAUGAACGUUAUGACACCAUCAGCAGGGAAAUCUAAGUACAGUGCAAGAACUGGGGAUCUGUGAAAACAAGUAAGUGAUGCAAGACAUGCUAGCCAGUAUGGAGAGGUGGACAGCCCACUGACUAAUGACUGAGACCAUAGAUACUUCCUCCCAGAGAACCCUGUCUUGGAGAUUCUAAAGAAAGGUGAUCUUAGAUGACCGAAAAUAAAUUCCUGUGACAUAGCAGUUCUUUCUCCUCAGCUCCCAGAGUUUAUUAUUAAAUAUUAUUUAUUGGA